AUUAUAUUCAAUUCCAGCAGGUUCGAGUGGCUUCGACAUGUACAGUGGAGGUUACAAGGACUCGAUGUCCGGGCUCGGGGGCUAUGGAGGAGGAGGAGGCGGCGGUAGCGGUCAAAUGAAGAGGAGUCUAUCUGGAGCGUCCAUGCUCUCCUCUUCAGGCACACAUGCAGAUGCAGUCAUUGCCAAGAUCAACCAGCGACUGGACAUGCUCACUCAGUUGGAGGGGGGAUUGAAAGGGACCCGGAGUGACAGGUUUGACCAGUACGAGUCUUUCGACUCGCGCACUUCCUCCCUCGCCUCCUCCCGAGAUCUCUACAGAUCUGGCGGCAGUAGCUAUGGCUAUGAUGGUGGCCGUGGGGACAAUCUGCUGCUGGGUCAGCGAGCAGGCUCUGGCUUCGGAGGGGGAAUGGGGCUAGGAGGAGGAGGAGGCGGAGGCUUUGACAGCCCGUCCUCUUCCUAUGGAGUCGCUAAAAUGCGACAGAAUAUGAGGGAUUCCUUCACCAGUAGCCAGGGAGGAGUUUCUGAUGGUGGAGCAUGGGCAUGGGGAGGAGCAGGCCGACGUUCCCCCAGAAGGGGUGGAAGUGCCGGGGGUCGAGGAGCUGGCGGAGGUUUUGGAAAUCUCAGGCCUGAUUCCACUCCAUUAGGCGUUGGGAGGGGAAGUGGCAGUGGUGGCCAGUCCCACCGUGGCCACUCUCCAGGAGGUGGUAGAGGCAAGCUCCCAUCCCUCCUGUCCAACCGCAUGUACCCUGAGAGCGGGGGCUUCUAUCAGGGUGCCGCUCAAGGGCCUCACGACUUUCCUGGGAGGCACUUUGGAGGGGGCCCACGUGCUGGCCGCCAGCGAGGCCGCAAGAGACCCCUCAACAAACAGCAACAUCAGCAGCAGCAACAACAACAGCAACAACAGCAGCAGCAGCAGGUGAAGCCACAACGUCCAGAUGUCCAGAAAAAGAGAAAACAGAUGCUCACUCCAGCCGAUGAGCCUGAGUCCAAGAUAAAUAAGACCGAGAGUGCAGGGACAGAGGUUACCCAAGAGCCAGCUGAGAAAAAUGGUAGUGCCAGUGAACCAAAGACUGCAGCUGAGGUUCCUGUCUUACAGGCGACAAAACCUGCUGGAGACGCAGAGGGAGAUAAAGCUGCACCCAAGCAAGAGGAGAAGAAAAAGCCACAAGGAAAACAGAGCCCAGUACAAGGUCAGGACAAGCACCCCAAAAUGAGAAAGAGACGGGGCUUCCUGGAAAGGGUGAUGUUUGCCUGCUCGGUUUGCAAGUUCCGCUCCUUCUACAAGGAGGACAUGGAAACUCAUCUUGACAGUCGCUUCCACAAGGACCACUUCAAGUUCCUCUCCGGCCAACUGUCCAAGCCCACAACAGACUUCCUAGAGGAGUAUUUGCAGAACAAGUUUACGAAGACAGACCAGAGGAUCAGCCAGGUAGAGAACCACAGCGCUGCCAUCUGCCAGGUUUACAAAGAGCAGGACCUCACCAGAGAACUUGGAAUGGAGCACUUCAUGAGGAAGGUGGAAGCUGCUCACUGUGCAGCAUGUGACCUCUUCAUUCCCAUGCAGCAGCACCUGAUACAGAAACACGUCAAGUCUGCGGACCACAACUACAACCGCAAGGGGAUGAUGGAGCAGUCUAAGAGGGGCAGCCUGUCUGUCGCUCGGAGCAUCCUGAACCACAAACUAAUUGGCAAGAAGCUGGAGAGUUACCUCAAGGGGGAAAACCCAUUCACUGGUAAUCAGGAUGACCAGGAUCCAGAUGACUCCAUGGCGAUGGACGUGUCCGAGCUGGACUUAACCAGUGAGACAGCCGAUGGUCAGACAGCCGAUGGUCAGACAGCUGAUGAGCAGACAGCUGAUGAGCAGACAGCUGAUGAGCAGACGGCCGACAGUCAGGCAGCUGAUGAGCAGGCAGCUGAUGAGCAGGCAGCUGAUGAGCAGGCAGCUGAUGAGCAGGCAGCUGAUGAUAAAGCAGCUGAUGAUAAAGCAGCCGACAGUAAAGCAGCCGACAGUAAAGCAGCCGUUAGUCAGGAGGCAGACGCUCCAGCAGCUGAUGGUCAGACGGCUGGUGUUCAGAAGGAGGAGCCGGCAAAGGGAGGUGCAGGCAAAGAGGCGGUCAAGGCUGAAGCAGUAACUGAAGCAGCAAAGGAAGAAAAGAUGGAGGAGGACCUAGGAAUGGGAGGAGAAGAAGGGGAGCAGGAGAACCAGGAAGAAGAGGAUGGUUUCGAAGUGGGAGAAGACGACGAGGGGGAGGAGGGAUAUGUGGUGCACGACGAGAUUGGCGAAGAGGCUUUACUGGGCGAGGAUGAGGAUGAAGGAGUGGAGGCAGCCGAAGUUGAGGAGGAAGAGAAUCACAAAUGACUUUUGAACCCUGGGUUUGAACUCUCAACCUAAAACAUCUGUCUGGACCGGUCAGUGACCCCUCAACCCUCGCCUCCUAAUUUCAUUGUCAGGCUUAUUAACAAAUACACAUAUUGAUCCUGUUCCCUCCAGUUCUUUCUAUAAUGACUUAUUUUUGUUAAAGGAACAGUUCGACAUUUGGGGAAAUAGUUUUAUUUUUUUGCAGUUUUUAGAUAAAAAGAUCACCUUUAACUAAAGCUGCCUUCCACAGUUUCUCCACGUUUCCCCCGGAGGAGGUGCAAUCUGUGAACACAAAUGUCAGUGAGACGCUGCGCAGUUUCUGUGGACUUUAUCCGAUAGAUGGACGCAUAGAUGACAGAGAACCAUUAUCUCCCGUUGACAACACGGUGACUCACACAGAAGACACCGAUGAAUGUGUGAAGAGAGUUUUAUGGUGAUAAGAGCUGUCGACGGUGGCAGCAGAGUUAAUGCGUCACUUCCUGCCUCUGUCUGCUGCACCCGGCUGAUCCACCUCCUGCCUGAAUAACGCAGAGGAUUUGUUGCUGGUGUAAACGCAUCUAUGGAGAGACCCUCCCGCUGUGUUGUGCAUGUGCUCAUUAAACUCUGGGUCAACACCGAAACCAAUUCUACGGAUUUUACCCGGAGGUCAUCUCUGGAAAACGGCUCAUGUUGGUGUUCCUCUAUUUAUUAGCUUAGACUGUGGAUCUCCAAGGCUUCCUGAUGAAUGCUCAUAAUAAUAUUCAAUAUCUACACUGCGUCGGUUUGCACCGUUACUUUAUAUUUGUUUUAACAAGACAAAGAAUAAUUGUAUUUCCUAGAAUGUUUAACUGUUCCUCUUAAUAGUUUUUUCUUGUGCCUCUAAAUUUUGGAUUCAUUUGUUUAGAAUUUGUCAUGAGUAUUGUAAAGUUGAGACAUGAUGUACUUUGUUUUUUCUUCUGAUCACAGGUGGCACAAUGUCACAGCGUUCUGCUUAUUAUCAGUAUUCAUGAUGAAUGGAUGUUUGUUCUCAGUUUUACUUAAAUCUAGAACAAUGUGGGUUUUUUCCUCCUGCAGCGACUGAGAUGUGACCGUGAGCUCUACUGUUUGUAGAGUUGAUGGGAUAUUCUGUCGCGUCCUCUUUAAUGGUUGUGUCACUCUGAAUAAAAAAUAAACUUGAAGAAAUCACUUUCA